AUGGAGAGGUGGCUGGCCAUAAGAAGGCAGCUGAAGCCGGAAGGGGACCUGUUCUUCUUCGGGGCAACGGCACAGCCAAACAAAAAUCUUGUCCGGUACAUGCAGGCGGCGUGUGAGGAGAUGGGACUCUCGGGGAAGCCCACCUUCACCGACCUGAGGACCGGUGCAAAGGAAAGGCACGUACCCCAGGUCCGGGAACUCAUCUCGGCGACCAUGUGCCAUGACGUCCGAAUGGCGGACACGUUUUAUGCUGUCGUCCUGGACCCGGCAAAGUGCGCCGCCUUGCGGGGAAUGUUUGAGCAGGCCACUUACACCCAGGAGGACCCGGCUCCUUUGGACAUGUCCUUGGAGUCCCGGACAGAUCCCAGAACCGAGGACACCUCCGGCCUCACUCAUCAGCUCCCUCCGGUGAGGAAGACUCAGCGGCGGCGGGGGCGGGACAGAAGCAGCAGCACAGAAACGGAGACUGAAGGGCACAUGAGCUACCAAGAGAGCGGUAGCUCUGAGUCUGCCGAGGAGGAAGGAGACCACGACCAUCCUGGUCAAAGCACACCUGUCAGAGGCACCCAGCCGGAGCCCACCACCCCAGAGCUGCCGGUGGAACCUCCUCCUCUUGCUACAAGCACACCUGUCAGAGGCGCGCAGCAGGAGCCCACCGCCCCACAGCUGCCAGUGAAACCUUCUGAGGCUGGACAACCACAGGAGCCUGAGCCGUACAUGGGGCCAUCUAAAAUAACCAGACGAAGCCACAAGCCAGUGUUGCGUCAGUUUCCGAAAGUAGUCCUGAGCCCUCUUAAAAUCACGGCCAAGAAGAAGAAGGAGCAGGCAAGGCAGUUGCCCCGUUUUAAAUCAAAAAAGUGUUUGUAGGUGUGUUUGACACCAAAAUUUAAUGUCAGUUACUUAAGAUUGCAGCCUGUUGCUGUUUUUUGUUGUUUGUGAACUUAUGCCACUUUGUGGUUUUGUUUGUUGUUGUGUGGUUUGUUUUAUUUUUAUUCCCUGCUAAUAAAGCAGUGUUUGAAAACAAUCUGUUUGGUUUUUCAUACACACUUAGCAGUCAUUUACUACGCUUAGACCUUUUCCAUUGUAAUGUUAGCAAACGAUUGACAUUUCCCCUACAAAUGUAGGUAAAGUAGCAAUUAUUUGCCAUUGGCUUAACAAAUUGGCAGAAAUUUGUCAUUUUACAUACAAAUUUAAAGAAAAUGACAAUACUUUGUCAUUGCCUGUACAAAUGUAAAGAAAAUGACAAAGCAUUGUUAUUUGUCAUACAAGUGUAGGAGAAUUGUCAAGACUUUGCCAUUUGAUGGGCAAAUGUAGCGGAAUUGGCAAUGAUUUGCCAUUUGGCAGUCAAAUGUAGGGAAAUUGGCAAUUGCCAUUUGAUGGACAAGUGUAGGGCAAAUGGCAAUGAUUUGCCAUUUGACAGUCAAAUGUAGGGAAAUUGGCAAUUGCCAUUUGGUGGAUGAAUGUAGGGAAAAUGGCUAUAUUUGCCAUUUGAUGGACAAAUGUAGGGCAAAUGGCUACAUUUGACAUUUAAUGGAUAAAUGUAGGGCAGAUGGCAAUGAUUUGCCAUUUGGCGGUCAACUGAAGGGGAAUUGGCAAUACUUUGCCAUUUAAUGGGCAAAUAUAGGGGAAUUGGCAAUUACCAUUUGGUGAACAAAUGUAGGGGAAUUGACAAUUGUCAUUUGAUGGUCAAAUGUAGGGGAAAUAUACGUAUAUUGUUAGUAUAAAUAAUAUUGUAUAAUAUAAUAUAGUAUAAUAUAAUAUUGUUAGGUAAAAAUUGAUUUUCACCUAUGUAUUCUUUCGAAACAGAGUUCAUCACUCAGUGCAUCCUAUUAUGAUUAGAAGGUCCUGGGAAGGCUCCAAGCCAAACCAAUGUGUUGUUUAUGACUGCCUGCAGACUCUUCUCCAAAGUUGAGUGUCUGUGAAGAAUUUGUGUAUGUACUUAUCUCUAACUUGGUGUGUGUGCUCCCAAAUAAAGUCCCCAGCCUUGGCUCUGUGUGAGAGCAAAUUGGCUUGUGACUCCGUUGUGUGUCAUUGAGUGCAUUUCCAUGCGGCCAGUAACCCUUUUAAAACCCGAAUAUUCACAAUAACCCGGUUCCGUAGGUCCUUGUAAACACCGUCAAAAACCCGGAUAUGCUCAUAACCGGGUUUUUAAAAACCCGGUUACUACACCUGGGGUAACCCUUUUCUAACCCGAAUGUUUGGUCGUGUAAACGCAUAUCGGGAUAUCCCCAUCAAAGCGUGUGUUCUGCGCAUGCUCUGUUCACAAGGAAUCUUGGUCUUUUGAGUAGAGAGACGUCUUGUAUGCGCCAGAACACCGGAAGUAAACAACAAGAUGGGAGCAAAAUGGUGAGUCGCGGCACAGCACCACACUUUUGGAGUGACGAAGAAACUAAAGCGCAAAGAAACGCGGUCGCUAUCUCUUCCGA